AUGGCGAAGGUCAGAGUGGCUUAUGAGUAUUCUGAAGCUGAGGAUAAAACCAUAAGACUCGGAUUCUUUCUCAUCGUCGCGGGAAUCAUUUCCUUGUUCAUCCUUGGGUUUUGCUGGUUAAACCCCACGCUAAACAGCCUGCAAUGUAAGGCUGCCAACUGCACCGUUGUGUCGUUGCGGCAGAUCGGGGAGAUGUCUGAGUGCACUUUUACAUGUGGGGCAGAUUGCAAAGGGACGUCGCUCUAUCCCUGUCUCCAGAUCUUCGUCAACAAUUCCCAGUCAAACAGCAGAGCGCUGCUCCAUUAUGACGAGAAACAACUCCUCUUGAAUCCCAAGUGUUCCUACAUUCCCCCUUGUGAGAGAGACAAUCAGAAAAACUCAGAAAAUGUUAUGAGUUGGCAUGAUUAUUGGAAGGAAGAAAUCGGCUCUCAGUCUUUCAUUUGCUACAUUAAUCGUCAACGAAGACCCGAUGAUGUGCUUUUGAAGAGGGCCCGUGAUGAAAACGUUCUGAUGCACUGUAUGCUCUGGCCCCUGCUCACUCUCCUGGUGGGUGUCCUGAUCGUGCUCCUGACUGUCUGCGGUAAGAGCCUUGCGAUCCGAGCAGAAGCCUUGCAGAAAAUGAAGUACUCCUAGUGAGGAGACUGCUGAGAGGCGACCCUCGGGAGGCUUUCCAACAGUGACAUGAUCAACGUUGCAUUCAAAGGCAAAUCUUUAACAAGAAAGACUUGAAAUGAUUUUAAUCUCAAGCAUCAAUUUACAAAGUUUACUGUGAUUUGAGCUGCUGUGAAGACUAAAGAACUGAUGAUUAUAAAUGCUCGCAAUUUGACAUGAAGGUUCCCUUGCAAUAUUACCAAUGAAAGCAGCAGUUCUAAAGGAUUUUAACCGUUUCCUUCCAGUUAACCUUCCCUGCAAUUAUCUUGUUUCCCAGAAUACAUUGCUAGUUUACUGCAGCGCCAUGUUGUGAACCUCGAAGUGGCCCGGUAGCAUGGUGGUUAGCACAACACUUUACGGUACCAGUGACCCGGAAUCAAUCCCUGCUGCUGCGUGUAAGCAGUUUCUACGUUCUCCCUGUGACCGCGUGUGUUUCCUCCCACCGCCCAAAGUUGUGCCGGACGGUAGGUUAAUUAGUCAUCGUAAAUUGUCCCGCGGUUAGGCCCGGGUUAACUGGAGGGUUACCAGGCAACGCGGAUUGAAAGGCUGGAAAGUCCUAUUCUGCGCAGUAUCUCAAUAAGCCGAUAGAUAAAAAAAAUGCAAUGC